AUCAUACAUUCCCUGAGUCCAAGAGGAAGGAAGGGUUUCUUACUUCUGGCCUUAUCUGCCUCCAGCCCAGCCAUAAUGUGGCUUAUCUAAGGGCCUGAGAGGUGGGGCAUUGAGCCCUACCCAGCUUUCCAGUCCCUUUCAAUUCCCUUAUUAUAGCUUCCUGAGACACAGUGGCCAGGCACUGUGAAGAGAUCUUAACCGAGGCGGUGCUCACAACCUCCAUUUCUGGUGAGCAACUGAGGACGGAGAAGAGUUGGUCCAGGCACAAUGCCCAGCAUAUUUGAGAAAAUCACAAGAGUUGUGGUCCAAGAGAUGGACACUGGAGGUGAUAUGAUUGCUGUCAGAAGCAUCGUGGAAGCAGACAGACGCCAUUGCUUCUGUCUGGUGAGAGAGAAGAGAAAUUUGUUGGGACACCGCUACUACAGUACAGACCUCACCCUGGAGGACAUCCUGGAGAGAGAGGAGAGUGAAGGGCACUUGGAUAAGCUGGAUUCUGGGUUCCAAGGUCGAAAGGCUGAGUUCCAAGUUGUGGACAUGGUAGACUCAAAGGACAUGUUGACAGUGACAUUGCCCAAAGAAAUAACAAUUCCAGGGGCCUUCCAUGGUUCCCAGGAGCAGAGAGUCCAGAUAUUGGAGACCCGGGUAUCCCAGCAAUAUCUGAAUUCCCUUGAGAACAGGAAGCUGAAGAGAAAACUGCCCUCUUCGUUCCGAUCAAUCCAGACAAUGAGAGAAAACCUGUAUCUGGUGACAGAAACUGUGGAGACAGCAAGGAAGGAAACCCUGAGAAGUGAAGAGAAAUACGCAUUUUGGAGCCAUCUGGAUUUUUGCCGUCUCAAAUAUGAACACAAGCACCAAAGGGCAGUGACCAUCCCCACCAAGCAGGUCCUGGGCUAUGGAAUAAAGCAGCUCGUCUUCCCCAACAUGGAGAGGAUAAAGAUUUGUUUCUCUGGCAAAACAAAAUCCUUUCCAGAAGAGAAAGAUGGUCUUUCAUGUCAUCCAGGGGAGUCUUUGAGUCUGGAGGACUUCAGAAACAUGAAGGAAAAGGUGCAGGACACGGUGAGGGGCCUCCAGGAUCUGACUGAGGAGGAGCGAAAAGAGGCACUGAGCUGCCUCACUAAGUGCAUCCUCAUGGAGGAUGAGGAGCUGCAGGAUCUAGAGCAAAGAGUGUCUGAGGUCCUGAUCGCCAGUGAGCCACAGAUGGAGGGCCCAGCAGGUCCUCUCAUACGGAGCCUGUUUAAUGCUGCCGGGAUCUUGGUAGAGGCACGCACAGAAGCCAUUCUGGGUUUCCUGGAUGCCUUGAUGGGAAUUCUCAUGAGUGCUGUUGGGAGUGCAUAUUGGUCCCCCGCUUUGGAAGGCUGUUUGACAGAAUCUACCAAAGCUAAACAUAUGCCGAUGACGCAGCAACUCCACUUCCCAGGCAGACACCCAGGAGCAAUGAGCGCACAUAGUCACCAAAAGACAGGCAUAUACAGAAACGUUCACAUAGGAGCCCCCAGUUGAAAACUCUCCAAACGUCCAGUAACAUUAGGAUGGAUACAUAUGUUGUGGUGUAUUUAUAUGAUAAAAGAGAACAAAUUACUGCUACACAUAACACCAUGGAUGAGUCUCAGACAUAAUGCUGAGCAAAUGGAAGAACAUAGUUAUACGUUUGGGUCCUCCGAGAAGAAGUGCCAAAAUGGAAUUAGAUGUGCAAAAGACAUAUUAGGGGGAAAGCCUAUGAAGAACAAAGGGACAGGGAGAAGAAAGAGGCAUGGCAAGCCUUCAGAUCACACUGCAGGUCUAAAACCUGUGAAAGGAAAGGAGGAGGAAAGGAUCCAGUAGGAAGUCUCAGACGGCGGCACAGUUCUGAGAGUCUCAGCCAAGAUCGUCUACUGGAGGAGCCCCAUCAGGCAGGAAUGGCUGGACUCCAGGACCCCCACCUUGCUCAGCAUUUGGCUGGGAGCAGCCCGGGGAAGCUUGACUUCAAGAAGCAGAGCUACAGGGCAGCAGCUACAGGUGCUCAGUCGACGAUGCUUCCUGCAACCGCUUACCCUCGACAAAAUCUGAAUGGUACCCUCCAUGACCAUACACAAUACUGCAUGAUCCCAUUUAUGCGAGGCUCAGGAACAGGCAAAACGAAGCCAUGGUGAUAGACAUCAAAACAGCGGUUAUCUUCGUGGGGACAGUGCUGAGUGGGAAGGGGCGUGAGGCAUUCUUCUGGGACGUAAAUACGUGAAGAUCCACUGAGCUAACACUGAAGAUCAGUAUACUUUACCGUAAAUACACAUCGAUAAAGAAGUUUUUAGAAAAAGUGUAUCAUGUAUAGUUCCACAUGAAAAACAAGCAAAACUAAAUGAUGGUGAUUGAAGUCAGAAUGGUGGGGGCAGUAUUCCCUACAAAGGGGUCUGAGGGAAUCUUCUGCAGCACAGGAAAUGUUGUAUAUUUUGAUCUGGAUAUUGGUUAUGUGGAUGUUUACAUGGGUAAAAAUGUAUUAAGCUAUACAUUUAAGAUCCGGGCACUUUAAGGUGUUUUUUUUAACCUUGAUAAAAAUUUUGAUUUAAAAACAAUACAUGCACAUGAAAACAUAUUUGAA